AUGGCGGCCCAGACACCAGUUCCUGGGUGUCCUCGCCAUAAAGGGAUGGGGUUUGUUUAUGUGUGUAAAUCGUGUGAGGACGAGUUAAUUUGUAUGGACUGUGUUACAGACAGUCACUACGGUCAUAAGAUGGGUAAACUGACUGAUUACGUGGCGGACCAGAAACGUGAGAUACAGCAGUAUGUUGACAAGCUUUCCAGAACCGACAUUCCUAAAAUCAAGGAGGAUAUUCGUGAACAGGAGACGAGCGGUGGAGGAUAUCAGAAAGUUAUCAGUGACAUUAAACGUCAGGGGGAAAAGAUGAAACACAACAUCGAUAACGCCAUUGACUUGAUUGUGAAGAUGUGUACCGAGCUAGAGAAACUGAAUAAAAGUGUUUCUGAGAAAAACAAAACUACACUAACACAACAUCUGAGGGAGGACCUGGAGCCAAAACUGGACAGAUGCCAGCAGGUAUGGCAUGUAUGCAAACCCGGGACCAUCUCCACCGAACUUCUGGAACGCAUGCUUGGUAAGGUACUCGUCGACGGAGAAGAUCAGUCGUACAAACCGAUUCCGACACCUGUGGUUCUGUCCGAGUUUGAGAAGUCGUUUCCUUACGAUGUAUGUCGUACAUGUCUUACUGGUGACGAGGCAUGGUUAUCGUACUGGGACGCUGAAAGCGUGUAUCGGGUUGACAUAAAAGGCAGUGUAAAGAAGACAAUCAAGUGUAAGGUCAAAGUCGAUUCGAUCUUUGUAUCCCCGACCACGGGUAGGGUGUGGUUCUGUGUGAUAGAUGACCGAAGUAUCCGGGAAAUCACGACGGGUGGUGAAGUUGUUACACGCUUUAACGUUAACGAGACACCAUAUUCUCUGUGUAUCACUAGUGAUGACAUGGUGGUGGUGGGGAUGGAUGGAGGAAUACAACUGUACACUACAGACGGCCGGGCAGUGUCAGCUGGAGCGGGUGGUCCUUGUCGACAGGUGGCAGACUGGCCACAUAACAUGGUGUCUAGUUCUCUGACCGGGGAUGUAGCUGCUGUUGAUAGUGACAAUGUAGGUUAUGAUGACUACAUCGCUGGUAAGACACCAGACAAACAGCCUCACGUCAUCGUGAUGGAUAAACAACUAAACCUGAAGUUUCGCUGUAAAGACAUUGGUACAACUAAAUCAAACAAAAGUUCAAGUCAGUCAUCAAAGUUUUCCCCGUCUGAUGUUUGUUUUGAUGGAGCUGGUGAUAUCCUCGUAACGGAACGCAUCACCAAGUCGGUACUACUGAUUGACGGGAAUACUGGACGCUGUAUGAGGACUGUUUAUACAUCCGAUGGAAGUGCACCAAUGUGUAUCAGUCUACACGAGGACGGUACCCUCUGGGUCGGACACAGGGACGAUAGAAUGAAAAUACUCAAAUAUAAAUAG